AUGGCGUCCCUGUGGAUCCUUGCCUGCCUGGCUCUGGCCAGCACUGUUUCAGGCUGCGGGGUGCCCGCUGUCAGCCCCUUCCUGGAGCAGAGCGAGAGGAUUGUCAAUGGGCAGAACGCUGUGCCCGGCUCCUGGCCCUGGCAGGUGUCCCUGCAGAGCCGCACAGGAUCCCAUUUCUGCGGCGGCUCCUUGAUCACAACCCCCUGACUCCCUUUUACCUCCCACAGCCCCAACGCUCACGUCGUCGUCCUCGGGGAGUAUGACCUGUACUCCAACGCCGAGCCCAUCCAAGUGAAGACCGUGAGCAGGGCCAUCACCCACCCCAACUGGAACCCCAACACCAUGAACAACGACAUCACCCUGCUGCGCCUCUCGUCGCCCGCCCAGCUGGGCCCCCGCGUCACCGGCUGGGGGCGCACCAACCCCAACUCCCAAGCCCUGGCCACUCGCCUGCAGCAGGUCACCGUGCCCUUGAUCCCCAUCAGCCAGUGCAUGCAGUACUGGGGCAACAGGAUCACCAACUCCAUGAUCUGUGCCGGCGGGGUCGGAGCCUCCUCCUGCCAGGGCGACUCCGGGGGACCCCUGGUGUACAGGAGCGGCAGCGGCUGGGCCCUGAUGGGCAUCGUGUCCUGGGGAACCACCAACUGCGACGUCCGCACCCCGGCCAUCUACACCCGCGUCAGCGCCUUCCGCGCCUGGAUCGACUCCGUGGUUGCCCGGGGCUAG